AUGAUAAUAAAAAAAAGCGAUUUAUAUGGAAAUAAUAGUAGGAGUAAGAGUGGGGCUUUUGACAAUUUAGAAAGUAUCAAACGAUUCUUGCCAAAUAAUUCUCUUCCGGAAAAAAUAACUAUAAAUAAGAUAAAGAUAUCUGAAUGGAAUAUGCUAAAUAAUAAAAUAGUAAAUAUUAAUUUUUUUUACAAAGUAGUGUCCAAAGAUAAAUCAUAUUACUUAGUCGAAGGAAUUGGAAAAGGAAUAAUUGAAUCGGAAGAUCGGCACGUAUUAACUACAAUUAAUUUUGCAAAUGGAGAGUAUAUAAAAACAAUAUCAGGGAUGAAUACUGGUGGAAGUGAUUGCGAAAUUAAACAAUUUAGUUUUUUUACCUAUAACUACUUAACAGGAGAAGAAAAAGUUUAUGGACCUUAUGGUGAUAUAAGAAGGGAUCAGAGAUUAUAUUCUUUUUCUAUUUCUGAAUCUGAAUCUGAUAGUGAGAUUGUAGCUUUUUAUGGCAAAAGUAGUUCGCAUUUGGGUGCGAUUGGCGCUUAUACAAGAAUUAUCCAAGAACAGCAAUCUCAAGUUGUUAAAGGUAAGGAGAUUCAGGAAUUGGAAAAAAGGGUAUUUUCACUAGAACAAAAAUUACAAAAACUAGAAUUAGAGCAAGUAGCAUAA